ACCCCCCAGCCCACAACGACCCAGCCCGCCAGCCAGUGCAACACCGGCUCCAUCCAGUGCUGCAACAGCGUCCAGAAGGCGACCGACCCUUCGGCCAGUGCGCUUCUGGGUCUGCUUGGCAUCGUCUUGAGCGAUGUGGACGUGCUCGUCGGCCUCACCUGCAGCCCUAUCUCGGUCAUCGGCGCCGGUGGCAAUAGCUGCUCUGCCAACCCCGUCUGCUGCGAGGACAACAGCAGCAGCCUCAUCUCCAUCGGCUGCAUCCCGGUCGACCUCAGCCUCUAG